UGUUCCGCCAAAGAGGAUAUUUUCUCAGUCUGCUUUUCUCUGCAAGUAAUUCCCAUUUGCUCAGUAAUUUUAAUUAUAGAAAUUGCUUAACCAGUAAACCUUCGUCUUCCUCCUUUCUAUAUAUCCCUCUCUCUUCGCGUCUCUGUUCGUUUCUUUCAAGGCCGAAGCUCUCUCUGUCCCUCUCUGUCCCUCUCUCGUCCUCGCUCAGUCGCGCCUGGUCGUGUGCUGGCGGUCGAGGGUUCAGAGACCUUAUCACUACAGCUGACCUCGAGCUGGCAGCGGUCCGAGCUUGGCCGUGGAUCUGAUCGUUUGAACUGCUGCUUGCGUCACCAUGGCGGCUGCUGCCAACGCUCCGAUCACCAUGAGGGAAGCAUUGACGCUCCCGAGCUUGGGCAUCAACCCACAGUUCAUCACGUUUACUCACGUGACUAUGGAAUCGGAAAAGUACAUCUGCGUACGGGAAACUUCUCCCCAGAAUAGUGUUGUGAUAAUCGACAUGAACAUGCCUAAUCAACCCCUGAGAAGGCCGAUCACCGCCGAUUCGGCUCUUAUGCACCCAAAUUCUAGAAUUCUUGCUCUGAAAGCUCAACUUCCUGGAACCACGCAAGAUCAUUUGCAAAUUUUCAACAUAGAGAUGAAAGCAAAAGUGAAGUCUCAUCAGAUGCCGGAGCAGGUUGUCUUCUGGAAAUGGAUAACUCCCAAGAUGUUGGGUCUUGUGACACAGACUUCGGUUUAUCAUUGGUCAAUUGAAGGUGAUACCCAACCUGUAAAGAUGUUUGACAGGACAGCAAAUCUGGUGAACAAUCAAAUAAUAAACUACCGCUGUGACCCUUCUGAGAAAUACCUUAUCGUGAUUGGAAUUGCUCCUGGUUCACCUGAGAGGCCACAAUUGGUGAAGGGAAAUAUGCAAUUAUUCUCUGUGGAGAAACAACAGAGCCAAGCUCUAGAGGCCCAUGCAGCAUCAUUUGCUCAAUUUAAGGUUCCUGGCAAUGAUAACCCCAGUACUAUUGUUUCCUUUGCAACAAAGACUAUCAAUAGUGGGCAGAUAGUAUCAAAGUUGCAUGUUAUUGAGCUGGGUGCUCAACAAGGGAAGCCAGCUUUUUCAAAGAAGCAAGCAGACCUUUUCUUUCCUCCAGAUUUUGCGGAUGACUUUCCAGUUGCAAUGCAGGUCUCCCAGAGAUAUGGUUUGAUAUAUGUGAUAACCAAGCUCGGACUGCUAUUUGUUUAUGACUUGGAGACAGCUACUGCUGUAUAUAGAAAUAGAAUUAGCCCUGAUCCAGUAUUUUUGACGGCUGAGGCUUCAUCAGUUGGAGGUUUUUAUGCCAUCAAUAGGCGUGGCCAAGUGCUGCUGGCUACCGUGAAUGAGGCAGCUAUUGUUCCUUUCAUCAGUGGCCAAUUAAACAACUUGGAGCUUGCAGUCAAUCUUGCCAAAAGAGGAAAUCUUCCUGGUGCUGAGCAGCUGGUUGUACAACGUUUCCAAGAAUUGUUCGCUCAAAUGAAAUAUAAAGAAGCUGCUGAGCUUGCUGCAGAGUCUCCGCAAGGAAUCCUUCGUACCCCGGAUACAGUAGCCAGGUUCCAGAGUGUACCUGUGCAAGCUGGGCAAACACCUCCUUUAUUGCAGUACUUUGGUACACUAUUGACGAGAGGAAAGCUUAAUGCAUUCGAAUCUUUGGAGCUAUCACGUCUUGUUGUCAAUCAGAAUAAGAAGAAUCUCUUGGAGAAUUGGUUGGCUGAGGAUAAGUUGGAAUGCAGUGAGGAACUAGGGGACCUUGUGAAGACUGUGGAUAAUGACCUUGCACUGAAGAUAUAUAUCAAAGCCCGGGCAACUCCAAAAGUGGUUGCAGCUUUUGCAGAGAGGAGAGAAUUUGACAAAAUUCUGAUCUAUUCAAAGCAGGUUGGAUAUACACCAGACUAUCUUUUCCUUUUGCAAACAAUUCUUCGGACAGAUCCGCAGGGAGCAGUCAAUUUUGCGUUAAUGAUGUCUCAAAUGGAGGGGGGCUGUCCUGUUGAUUACAACACAAUUACUGAUCUCUUUCUUCAGAGGAAUUUGGUCCGUGAAGCAACUGCCUUUUUGUUGGAUGUAUUGAAGCCGAAUCUGCCAGAACAUGGUUUCCUUCAAACGAAGGUUCUUGAGAUCAACUUGGUUACUUUUCCAAAUGUCGCGGAUGCUAUUUUGGCUAAUGGAAUGUUCAGCCACUAUGAUCGUCCUCGAAUUGCUCAACUUUGUGAAAAAGCUGGGCUAUACGUUCGAGCUUUGCAGCACUACACAGAGCUCCCUGAUAUCAAGCGUGUUAUUGUGAAUACGCAUGCUAUUGAACCACAGGUUUUGCUCAAUCAUUCAUCUGUCUUCCUUUUAUCUUCUUGUUUUCGGGAUUUGUUUCUAAGCUAUCUAUCUCAACAGUCACUUGUAGAGUUCUUUGGUACACUCUCACAAGAAUGGGCUUUGGAGUGCAUGAAGGACCUUCUGAUGGUCAAUCUGAGAGGCAACCUCCAGAUCAUCGUGCAGGUUGCAAAGGAAUAUUGUGAGCAAUUAGGUGUCGAUGCUUGCAUAAAGCUUUUUGAGCAGUUCAAAUCGUAUGAAGGACUCUACUUUUUCCUAGGCUCAUAUUUAAGCUCCAGCGAGGACCCAGAGAUUCAUUUCAAGUACAUAGAGGCUGCUGCCAAAACCGGACAAAUCAAAGAAGUUGAACGUGUGACUAGGGAAUCGAAUUUCUAUGAUCCAGAAAAGACAAAAAAUUUUCUGAUGGAAGCCAAGCUUCCAGAUGCCCGACCUCUGAUCAAUGUCUGUGAUCGUUUUGGUUUCGUUCCUGAUCUAACACAUUACCUUUACACGAACAACAUGCAUCGCUACAUUGAAGGUUAUGUUCAGAAGGUUAACCCUGGAAAUGCUCCUUUAGUUGUGGGGCAGCUGAUAGAUGAUGAGUGUCCUGAAGAUUUUAUCAAAGGGUUGAUACUUUCUGUUCGUUCUCUCCUUCCAGUGGAGCCUCUCGUAGAGGAAUGUGAAAAGAGGAACCGGCUUCGUUUGCUUACUCAGUUCUUGGAGCAUCUUGUAAGUGAGGGAAGCCAAGAUGUGCAUGUCCACAAUGCAUUGGGAAAAAUCAUCAUUGAUAGCAACAACAAUCCUGAGCACUUCCUCACGACCAAUCCGUACUAUGAUUCUCGGGUGGUGGGUAAAUAUUGCGAAAAGCGUGAUCCCACCCUGGCCGUUGUGGCUUAUCGAAGAGGGCAGUGCGAUGAUGAGCUUAUAAACGUCACAAACAAGAAUUCUCUCUUCAAAUUACAAGCCAGAUAUGUGGUUGAGAGGAUGGAUGCUGAUCUCUGGGAAAAGGUUCUCAACCCUGAGAACUCCUGUAGAAGACAGCUAAUUGAUCAGGUUGUUUCCACUGCUUUGCCUGAAAGCAAGAGCCCGGAACAAGUGUCUGCGGCUGUAAAAGCAUUCAUGACUGCUGAUUUGCCCCAUGAAUUGAUUGAGCUUCUCGAGAAGAUUGUUCUUCAAAACUCUGCAUUCAGUGGGAACUUUAAUCUCCAAAAUCUGCUUAUCCUGACAGCAAUUAAGGCCGAUCCUUCCAGAGUUAUGGAUUACAUCAACAGAUUGGAUAACUUUGAUGGGCCUGCUGUAGGAGAAGUGGCCGUGGAAGCUCAACUGUAUGAGGAAGCAUUCGCGAUUUUCAAGAAGUUUAACUUGAAUGUCCAAGCUGUUAAUGUCUUAUUGGAUAAUAUCCAGAGCAUUGAGCGGGCUGUGGAGUUUGCUUUUAGGGUCGAAGAAGAUGCAGUUUGGAGCCAGGUGGCCAAGGCUCAACUCAGGGAAGGUUUGGUGAGUGAUGCUAUCGAAUCAUUUAUCCGAGCAGAUGAUGCUACUCAGUUUCUGGAUGUGAUCCGAGCUGCAGAGGAUGUGAAUGAGUAUCAUGACUUGGUGAAGUACCUUCUCAUGGUUAGACAGAAGACAAAAGAGCCCAAGGUUGACAGUGAGCUCAUUUACGCCUAUGCCAAGAUUGAUAGGCUUGCCGAAAUCGAAGAAUUUGUUCUCAUGCCAAAUGUGGCCAAUCUACAGAAUGUUGGCGAUCGCUUGUUUGAUGAAGGUUUAUAUGAGGCUGCUAAGAUUAUAUUUGCUUUCAUAUCUAACUGGGCCAAGCUUGCAGUCACACUAGUGAGGUUGAAGCAGUUCCAAGGAGCUGUUGAUGCAGCUCGUAAAGCAAACAGUGCAAAGACUUGGAAGGAAGUUUGCUUUGCUUGUGUUGACGCAGAGGAGUUCCGUUUGGCUCAGAUUUGUGGUCUCAACAUUAUCGUACAGGUUGAUGAUUUGGAAGAAGUCAGUGAAUAUUACCAGAACAGAGGUUACUUUAAUGAGCUUAUCUCUCUGAUGGAGAGUGGUCUAGGGUUAGAACGUGCACACAUGGGCAUCUUUACUGAGCUCGGUGUACUCUAUGCGAGAUACCGCCCUGACAAGCUUAUGGAGCACAUCAAACUCUUCUCAACGCGGCUUAAUAUUCCCAAGCUCAUACGAGCAUGUGAUGAACAACAGCACUGGAAGGAACUCACCUAUCUGUACAUUUUGUAUGAUGAGUUCGAUACUGCAGCAACCACCAUCAUGAAUCAUUCCCCUGAAGCUUGGGAUCACAUGCAGUUUAAGGAUGUUAUUGUUAAGGUUGCCAAUGUGGAGAUCUACUACAAGGCUGUGCACUUUUAUUUGCAAGAGCAUCCUGAUCUCAUCAACGAUAUCCUGAACGUGCUCGCACUUCGUGUGGACCAUAGCCGCGUUGUGGAUAUUAUGCGGAAGGCGGGCCAUCUGCGGCUUGUGAAGCCAUAUAUGGUAGCAGUACAAAGCAACAAUGUUUCCGCUGUCAACGAAGCUCUGAAUGAGAUCUAUGUUGAGGAGGAAGAUUAUGAUAGAUUGCGGGAAUCGAUUGACUUGCAUGACAGCUUUGAUCAGAUAGGCCUUGCCCAAAAGAUUGAGAAGCAUGAGCUUCUAGAGAUGAGGCGUGUUGCUGCCUAUAUUUACAAGAAAGCGGGCAGAUGGAAGCAGUCAAUAGCUUUAUCCAAGAAAGAUAACCUCUACAGGGAUGCCAUGGAAACUGCCUCUCAGUCUGGUGAUCGUGAGCUUGCGGAGGAGUUACUUGUUUAUUUCAUCGAACAGGGCAAGAAGGAAUGCUUUGCUUCAUGCCUCUUCGUUUGUUAUGAUCUGCUGAGAGCAGAUGUUGUUCUUGAACUCGCAUGGCUUAACAAUAUGAUAGAUUUUGGAUUCCCGUAUCUGCUGCAGUUCAUCCGUGAGUACACGGGGAAAGUUGAUGAGCUUGUGAAGGACAAGAUUGAGGCUCUCAAUGAAGUCAAGACCAAAGAGAAAGAAGAGAAAGACGUUGUCGCUCAACAGAACAUGUAUGCUCAACUGCUGCCACUUGCUUUGCCUGCACCACCAAUGCCGGGGAUGGGAGGAGGGUUUGCUCCCCCUCCACCUUCAUCGAUGGGUGGGAUGGGAAUGCCACCAAUGCCGGCUUUCGGCAUGCCCCCCAUGGGCAGCUACUGACCCUGCACGAAGACAGAAUUUCCAUUCGAGGGGAACACCGAACACUGCUGUUUGGUUUCCUGGGUUAGUCAUUGUUGCAUAUAUGGAUUCGGACGGUCUUAAAAGUUCGGGCUUUUCUUCUGGCUGGGUUAGGCGGAAGGGCGAGUUGAAUAAUACGGCAAUUACCCGUCAUCUAUUAUAUGGGAGGGGAGUUUUGUGGAUAGUUCCUGUAGUAUUCCUGGUCUUCUGGCAGCAGGUUCCUUGCUGUUUCUUUAGGGGAACGGACCAGCAGAUGAUUCUGUGCAGUUAGUUAAUAUUACUGGUCUCUUUGAUGGACCCAUAAAUUGCUCUUUCAGUAUAAGCAAUUUACAGACCGUUUCAUCGCCUCAGUUGGCUUCUUAAUCAGAUCUCAUCCAUCCUUGUUCUAGGUU